AUGUUUAAUCAUGUUAGUGAAAGGCUUUACUCGGGUCAUCGCUCCUGGAAGAUCGAUAUUGAACGCCCUAAAGACCUUUGUUGGCUGAAAGGGCAAGGUCCAGUCCUCUCAAGGAUGCCCUCUAUGCAAAUCAUACUUGCUAUACAGCCCCCUCCAAGACAGCAGCUGAGCCGCCAGCCAAGGAACAAGAUCAAAAAGAAGGCCGUGCCACAGCUCAGGAAGGAUGCGCAGACUUGGAAGAGUGCAACCAUACGUUCCGAGAAGCAUCACGAGGUCGCCUUCCGUCCUACAUCUCGACAUUAUGAAUCGCUUAAUAAGCACCUUCAACUCGCCUUUCCCCACUACCUCAAUGAUCCCUCUGUUCGUGCCACUAUUGAGUCAUUGAAAUCCUUGUGCGAUACAAAGCCUUUCGCCGACCGUUACUACUAUGGUAAUGGAUCCUGGGUCGUCUCAAAGAUAGACCAAGACAGACUCCACUUCAAACGGUCAGAUGAAUGCCAGUUCAGCAUUGGACAAGUCCAGCUUGUGCGCGCUCCGUUCCCACCCGGUCCUCCACUCGUCCAGCACCGGCUCAAGCACUUCCUCCGCACAAUCCGCGAAGUCCAAGUCGAAGCGGGCAACGCCGAAGAUGACCUGGAGCUUUUGAACAAGCCUGUCAUAUACGGCGUUAUGUAUGCGGAGUAUGCGUGCUCAUUAAGGAUCUCCGGGCGCUAUGCAAAGAUGAGGAGCAAAGAGAGAUAA